UGACUAAACUGCCCGCGCCUUUAAAACGGAAAAAUAGCUUAAAUUGUUCACUCUUAAAGCCUAACCUUUUCUCCCUUCUUAAAUUAAUCACCCCCAUUUCUUCUCUUCUUCUUCUGCAAUCACCUCUGCAUUAUUACAUACGACUAUAGCAAAUAACAAAACAACCAACACUGUUACAUUCUUGAAUACGAAUCAACAAAAGCUGCUCAGGCGUGAACAUGUUAAACUGCUCUGUUUCUUUCUUAUUUUCAGUAAACAAUUAAUACUGUUUUUGUUUCUCACCAUUCACGAGGUGUCUCUGUUUUUUGAUGUGGAAAUCAUUUCCUGAUUAGUACGCAACGUCCUUUGAUUAAGUUUUCCAAAUCGGUGGCCAUAGAAAUUGACUGAAAUUCCAAAGCUGGAUAUGGACUCUGAUCUUCUUGUUACAAACUGCCUCACCGGAGAAUUCGGAGAGAAUCAGAUAAUCUCCGUCGUUGAUCACGUGCACCACUCCACCACUAAAUCUGAUAGCUUCGUGGUCGAUAUGGAAAGGUUUUCUCAUCUCAUAGAAAAAGAAAAAGUUACCAAUUCUACUCAUUCAAGAAUCACUUUGCAGAGAAACCUUUCAAGGAAAGGAUCGAUGAAACCCGCAGAAAGGAAAGUGAGUAGCAACGAGAGAGAUGCUAGUAUGAUUGCAACUUCACCAAGAGCUACUUUCACGCUUGAAAAGCAAGCGCUAGUGGUGGCUGGGCCCCAGGACCACUCCCUUGCUACGCCCCAGCUCCAUCAUCAGAUCUCCAUCACCAACGGAUGCAUAACCACCGCCUCUGCUCAAACUAAAGCAGGCCCUACCAAGAGAUUCGGCUUCCGCCGUUCAUCCACCAUUGAUCCUACAAGAAUACUUUUCUUCUUUGCAACCAUAUCAUGCAUGGGAACCAUUCUACUCAUCUAUUUCACCUUAUCAAUGGGCAAGAUCAACGGCGAUGCAAACAACGACAACCCUCUUAAUUAAAUAACCCUGUACUAUGUGGGUUGUGAUGCAAAACAAAAAGAAGAAAGAAAGAAUUAAAACUUUUGGCAGAAAGGGACGACCUAGGAUCAAAAUCAGAGGAUUUCAUCACCUUUUUUGUGAGAGUUACCAACCAAAUAUAUAUUAAGUGUGGGCAACAACAGAGAGCACUAAGACAGGGAUGGAAGAAUGCAUAGAAAAACAUAUCCUUUUUUAUGUGAGUUUAGCAUAUUUUGGAACAAAUGCAGUGGAGUGGCACAAAAAAAAUUGCCUUUUUUUUUGUAACUUUUCCACCUUUCUUCUCAUCUCUCCACCUCUUUCGUUAGUGCGAUUUUAUGUCGAUAGAGAAACACCACCAGUGGAGGGAGUGUUAGACACAACACUUUAUGCAAGUAGUACAAAAUAAUCACAGUAGCUGUUCAUUA